GCGGGACUUUCCAUGCGCAGUGCGCACCCGGGAACCAAGCAGGCUCGAAUUCAAAAACAACGUGGACAGGCUGAAUUUUCCCUACACGAGGAUAGGCUGGGAAAUAGUAGACCAGAAAUCAGGCAAUCCGGCAUGAGCGAAUAGUCAUUGAACCGACACUUCGAGGUCGUGUUCUAUUCGCUUCUGCUCAGAGUCUUGGUCACCGACGCUUGGAAGGACAGGGUUGUUCGUGUCCGUGUUCUGUAGGACUCCCUGCACUGUACUUAUUCCAUCCACAUAUGACCAUGCAUCGCGCUCUAGUUGUUUCUGAAAUCCUUCUGGACAUAUUCGCUCAUGUCGAUACAAUCCUGGACCCAUUAUCGUAUGGCGAGAUAUCAUUGGCUCGAAAAUCCCUUGCAACGCUUGCAACGACAUGCAGGACCUUCCACGAGCCCGCAAUGGAUUUACUCUGGGCUGACAUGCAUGGGAUAGUACCACUGCUGGGCUGUGUAACGAGGCUACAUCACAUGAUAUAUCAUCAUGCCGGAAGGUACACUUGGUACUCUGAAGGUAUCGAUCCAUUAUGUGAGCACGAAGUCCUCCAAUUUUUGCGUCACGCCCACCGCGUGCGCUCAUUGCAAAUCCCAUUCGACAACCAUUUUCACCUUCUUUCAGUCCUUCCUAUCAAGACAUUCAUAUUCCCGAGAUUGCUGUCGUUAUCAAUGGCUGUACAUCCGGCUGGAUACUUACAUCUCUUCCUACCCCCCACUCUGCGCCGUUGUUCGCUAUCGCUCAUUCAUCCCGAUUUGAAAUUAAUUGCGACCUGUUGUGUUGCUACCUUGGAGGAUCUAACCAUCAAGAUCCCCUACCAAAGCACAGCGGAUGAGCUGUGCCUGUUAUCUGACAGUAUCCGUCUGUGCAAGCGGCUUGUAACUCUGUAUUGUCCACCUCUCGACUGGGCAGCAUGGAAGCACCUGUCAAACCUCCCCACCCUUCUCUCAGUGGCGAUCUCUGGCGAAGUCCUUUGCCCGUUGGACACGGAUAACUUCGUUUUCACACGUUUCCUCAACGUCACGGCUCUUUCUUUCCAUGUAACUACGGCUUCAUACGUCAUCGCGGUAAUGCGCAACUCAGCAUUCCCCUCACUGGAAGAGUUUAAAAUGGUUGCCCGUGUUUUGCCGUGGGAAGAUGCUGAGCAGCUUUUUCAUGCACUGUCACAGUGCACGGCAUGCCAGACCCUUCAACAUAUCGACAUUUUAUCCCGUGAUCAAAGAGUUCCAGAGCCCUCAGACAGCUCUUUGACACCGAUCACUCAAUUUCUUGGCUUCACUCAACUCAGAACUCUGCAGCUCGCUUUUCCCCAUUGCUGCAUUCGCCUUGACAACCACCUCCUUUCGAAAGCCAUGUCAAGUUGGCCGCACAUCCGCUCUCUGAAAGUAGAAGACCCCCAUCCUCACCCAGCUACUAUCACAUUUCGCGGGUUAUCCACAGCGUUGCGUCAAUCUCCCCACUUGCAUACGCUGCACAUAUCAAUGGAUGCUCUGAAUAUUGAUAUCGAUCCUCAGGCCGAGUCGUUUCAGCACACAUCUCUACAAACAUUGGAUGUGCGCACCUCUCACAUAGCGGAUCGGGAAGCUGUCGCUUACAUCCUCUUCACUAUGCUUCCUUCGGUUGAGAGCGUUAUCCAUGGCUCUAGUGGACGCCACAUCCGGUAUGCAUGGCAGGAGGUUAACAGGCGUCUCCAAUCUCUCAAGUCUUCUGCGGUCCUUGGCUGUCGUAUCACAGGAGCAACUGCAGCGUGCUGAACUCUCCAUACGUAUGUGUUCAACUAGAUGUGCUAUCCGAUAACUUAAUACUUAGAAUGUGGGAGUGGGAGGUCGGGGCAAGCAAGGUAGCUUAUGCUUCGACAUGUAAUUGGCUCGAGAUUUAUUAUUUGCAUGAUACAUUACUUAUAACUAGCUCCCAUCCAUAGUGCCAGCACGCCUUACAGAAUGUCUGGGUACUUGAGAAUCAAUCUCCGUCCUAC